AUGCAUCUCCACCAGGCCGACUGGAAAUCCCACAAGAAACUCUGCUCCCAGCAAGCCAGCAGUUCUGCCUCUGCACCAAACAUCGAACACGCCCACGCCUGCAAACAGAAGCGCGGCGACAAUCUCGAGAAAUACAUAUCAGACCCAUUCACACGUAUCGACAAGGGUACCUACUUGCACGACCGCCCGGAGAAAGAUGUAUUCAAGCUGCUCGUCGACGCCUUCCGUAUGCGGAAGGCCGAUGCAUACAAGAUGGAGGGUAAGACCACUCCAGACAGUGUGUACACCGGUACAGCGUCGAGUAUAGUCCCCUUUCGGCGGUUCCUCCUUCGUGUGGAGCUUAAGCGGGGGUACAUGCCGUCUUGGUGGAAUUCGGAGAAGAAAAAGGAGUGUGAAGAAUUUGGGGAGACUGGCGGGGAUUUCAGCGAUCUGAGGAAGAAAGCGACGAAGGAGAAUGUGAUGGAGCAUUAUAAAGACGAGAAGAUGCCGAUGCAACUCCGCAUGUUCGCUGAGGAGGCGCUGGGCGAGCCUGCGCCAGGUACCUUGCCAGGUGCAGGUGCGGGUAUGAGGGCGCUGAUGACCAUGAUGGAGGCAGGUGGAACAGGCGAUGGUCUGCACUACAGCAUGCAUAACAUUAGUGAACGGCGAAGAGGCUGA